UAAUGCACUUUUCCAUUUUCUCGCUGUUGUUAAUCAAACGUAUUCCGUGUCUGUUGUCGCAAGUGAAUUUGAUAUUUUGAGUCUCCACUAAUCACAAUGCUGAAAUUUGUGUUUUAACUGGUUUGGUGUAACAAUUGCUUAAAUAACGUUGCAUUGCACAAGUAACAAAAUAUGUAUGUUUAUAAUACAGUGCAUCAUGUAUAAAGUUAAUUGCACAGAUGUUGGGUGUAGCAAAAGCUAGAAGAUUGCGAUAAAGGCUGUAAUAUUUAUACAAAACAAUCUUAAAAAUAUUGGAAAGCUACGUAAAUGCAAAGGAAAGUGAAUGUGAUUGUCGGCAAAAAUGCAUAAAUUAUACGGUAAACUCAGUUUAGGAAGAUAAAAAUAUAAAACGGUUAGGAAUGUUUAAACAUUAUACAAGCACCAUGGUUUCAUAUUAUAAUGUAGAAAUUUAGUGCCAGUCGCAGAAGCGGCUACUUGAUUUGCGAUUUAAACAUAUGACGGCUACCGUCAUGACCACCCAAAUAUCCGCUAUCGCUGCGUCAUCUCACGCUAUUGAUUCGUCGCAGGCUGUAAUCACAGACCACCGGUCGUCUUUUUUCGCGAAAAAUACGAAUAUUGUAAAAUCUGAAGUUUCAAAUAAUACGUCAAACUCUAACGUAAUGAUCCGCUCUUCAAAGCCUGCAAAAGCACUUUCAGCGAUUCCGAUAUCAACAAUUCGGGCACAGUCGCUUAGAUCCAAUUUGCCUUUUGUAAAAAUAUUGCAUACACCAUCUGUUACUUUAGCUAGAUCACUUAGCUGUGAUGAUGAAGAUAAAUGCUCAAAUAGAAUUGUUGCAGCCGUCGGAUUGACAACGAUGCAAUGCGUUGAUAAUAGCACUCAGACCGAUACUAUGCGUAACACAGCGCAAGUAUUUUUAACAAAAAGGGUACCCAAACAGUUAGGAGUAAACGCUGAACUUAAGGAAGAUACCAAUGAUCAGAAGGAUUUUUCGUCUUCAAAAACACGAAAUCAGAGCUUAAUGUUUAAUGAGAUCAGCGAGAAAAGCGAAGAAAUUAUAUCAAUUACACAGGAUAGAAAAAGUGAAAACGACAACGAGAAGAAUAUGUUGGAAGAUAAAAAUUAUUUCUUAUUCAGGGAAAUGGACUUUAUAGACAUGAAGAGUGAAUGUAGUAAAAGUAGUAAUGACACUUUAUCUGAAACAAAAAGUCUCAUUGAAUGCGAUAAUUCUUUUAAGAAACCGGUUAGUAUUUUGGAAGUUGAGAAAUCUGCUAUAAAUUCUGAUAAUAUUUUUGGUUGUAAAACACAUUCUAAUACUGAAAAAUUUUUGGAAUCAGUUGAAUGUACUUGUAAUGAUGCAACACAAUUUAAUUGUGAUUGUGACCAAACUUUAGCAAAUUGCACCUAUCAAGAACGCAUUAUUGACUAUGACAAUUUCCGGAUAAUAGAACACGUUAUAGAUUGUGCAAAUGAAAAUUUUUGUGAACAUGGUGAGAAAAUGAAAUGUGAUAGUCCUUGGAAAGAUACCGAAGAGGACAACAUAGAUCAAACUAAAGAAAUGAACUUAUCAUGUCGAGAGUUGGUGGCAUUUAUCGGUGAAAGUUAUCAAAUUAUUAAUAAUGAACAUCAUACAAUAAUGCAGCACGAAGAGCAACUAGAUAAAAAUUUACCUGUUGCGUCGUCAUUGAAUUUAGAUGCUCACCAAUCUAGUAACGAUAAUGACGAUAAUAUAUAUUGUUCCGGUGGAGUAAGUAAUGACCCUAUACUAUUGGAUUCCCAAUAUGCAAAUACGAACUUAAAUGAAAAUUUGGAUAACAAUAAUAACAAAGGUUACUCCAAAGGGGAAGCACAAGUGUUUAAUGGAUCAAAGAUACAAUCCCCUAAAAAUAACAUGCAAAUAUUAACUACGAUUGAAACAACUAAUUCAGUUUCAAUUGAGUCUCAUGACCAAACUGAGUCAUCAAAACGUAAAGAGCAAUCGAUGUCAACAAUCCAAAAUUCCACACCAUCAAUGGCAUUAGCUCUGAAGGCUCUAAAAUCAAAACUGACGCCUUUGGCCCCAUCUUUUCAUCCAGCACGAAAAAAAUUACAACCAACUACAUCCGCAACUACUGCCUCAUCAUCAAUGUAUGCCUACGAGCAGACAGCGAUCUAUUACCAACAAGAGCCACAACUGCCUAAACCGCAGCAACCGCGUCUACAACAAUUAGCAACUACAACUACUGUGCAUAAAACGAACUUAAAUAAGUAUCCAGGAUUGCAAGAAGAGCAACAACAGCAGCUGCAAGUCUUACCAGUGGUUCAACCAAGCUAUUCCAAAAAUUAUUUUCAACACCAACACUACUGCUCAUCAUUGAUACAAAAUUUUCAACAGGUACACAAUUUUGUAAUAUCUUCUAACGAACAUCCUCAACAAUGCGAUGAAUUGAGAAAUUGUACGCAAACUCAUCUGAAUAGUUCUCCUAGUUCAGUUGCUGUUGCAAUCCAAACAAGCGCCCUGCCCGUGACCGUCGCCAAUCCGACUCAGCAAGCUCAACUGUUCCCGAUUCAGUUGAUUUCACUGGGCACUCCAACACUAGCAGCCGACUCCAGUAGUAUUUUUGGACAGCGGCAGGAACUAUGCACCACUUCUACUGUGGUAGCCUCGGUUGGUAAUGGAUCAACUCCUUGGCCACUUUUAGAGGCAGCACCUGUUUUUAUCGACUCCCAUGGAGAACUCCACACCCUCUGUCCGACACAUGGUCACGCGGCCUUAAAUGCAGCAUCAGUGGAGACCGGGGUCAAUCCACAAUGUGUAUCAUUUAAUCAAGCAACCCUCACCUCUGCACGAAGUAGCAUUUCGCAGUCUUUACAUUCCAAGCAGUAUCAGAAUCCGCUACAAAAUCAGACUAGACCACUAUCAUCAAGCACUGCUCCAGUGGCGAAAGACAAUACGACCAUUCAUCAGUUAGUACAAAACUCAAAAGUGAAGAAUCAAAAUCACAAUCAAACUCAAAAUCAUCAACUACGUCACCAACAACAGCCUCAACAACCCCAGGCGCAUUAUCAACAGCAGCAGCAGAAAUUCGAUUCGGGCAUUAUACUAAACAUUUCUGGCAAAGGCAAACUUCAUCGAGGUCCAGCAACAGUUCAAAUGGUUUCCCAAAACCGACCUGCAUCGAUAACAGUGCCGGUACAAGUACCGCAGGGCCAAAUGAUGCAGCAAUACGUUAACGAGAACGGAACUUUUGCGCAUGUUGUGCUUUCGCCCCAAUAUCAACAGAUCCAUUCCAGUCAAGGACAUAUGCAUGCACCUUUCAUGCAGGCUGGUGGAUCUUCUCAAUUCUAUCCAACCCUUCCGACGGGAUUUGCUCCUAACCCAGGUGGUGGGCCAGCACAUUUCCACACUUUGACAAGUGGGCAUGUGCAAACGCAACAACUUUCCCAACAUCAAAAAGCGACAACACAACCACAGCAAACAGGAUCUCAAACGUUAUCACAUUCGCCUUCACCUCCAAAUAGCUACUAUAAAGACGAGCGUACUCAACGACAGCACACAAAGUUAUUAAGGAAACUUGAGAAACAACGGGAAAUGAUUAACUCUGCAAACAAUAGCCCAGUCAAUGGAACAAAGAAGCACGAUCACGUUAUUGCAACUUCAGCGGUUUUGCCAUCGGAUAGAGCUAAUUCAAAUUCUUCUGUAAAAAGUUCGAUUGACAAUGGAUUAGGAGUCAUUCAAAGUGUUCAAAAUAUAAACAAAAGUAUAGUCCAACCAAAACAGGAUACAUCUCCACUGCGGCAACCAUUAAAAAAACAUAUUUUACACUCUCAAACUACGCAACGAAAUGGGGGCAUAGCAUCAAAUACAUCCCAAAGUGGGCUAAGUUAUGGUGUCAAUAUAGCUAGUUCUAAAGGAGACAAAGGAGAGUUUAGUUCAAAUGUCCUCGUGGAUGAGGAAGACCCUCAAGCCUUGAUUAUAGAGCAAUUAUCUGCUAUACAAAAACCGAGUGUAAUUAAUUUAACUUCACGAUCAGCAAAAAUUAUUUGGGAGGGGCCAAUAAUCACUGAUUCACAAAUUGAUACUAGGAAUCUACGUUAUAAUGUGUUGCUUAGUGAUCGUGCUAAGGACGGAAAAUACAAAAGCCUUUAUAAAGGCGAUUCAUAUGACUGUAUAGUACAAGACCUUCAACCAGGUCAGAUGUAUGUAGUUCGAGUUCAGGUAUACUAUAACAAGAUGCAGGGAACAGCUUCUGAGGCAUCUGAAUUCAUGACUCCACCAUGUGAACCAGAUCAGCCAAUGCCACCUAAACUUGUAAUGCGAACGAAGAAUUCGUUGCAUUUACGUUGGUCGAACCCACCAUCUAAUGGUUCACCCAUACAGCAUUAUUUAUUGGAAUAUGACGACGGUAAAUCCGGGCUAUCUUUAUCUACCCGCUCCUCACGUCAAAAUAGUGAGAAUGAUUGUCAUAACUUUGUCGAAGCAACGAAAACAAAAGGCAAGCACUACACUCUUACUAAAUUGCAGCCGUCAACUGUAUACUAUUUUCGUCUGGCUGCCGUCAACGAUGUGGGUAUGUCAUUAUAUUCCACCAUUUGCUCAUACUGUACCUCGAAUAAUCCGCCGAUUGCACCGAAGCCUCCUAAACUCCAGAGCAGCAGUUCUACAACUAUCCGCCUUUGGUGGGAACGACGACAACAAGAUGGCGAUUAUGUCUUGCAAAUACUUGAUCCCGAUUCAGGUCAUGGUUACCUAAACGCUUACAAUGGUCCAGAUACGAGUCAUGAAUGUUGUGAACUGCGUCGAGCUACAUAUUAUCAGUUCCGGUUACGUGCAGAAAAUGAAGCGGGCAGCUCUCCAUGGUGCAAUGAGGUUACCUACCAAACAGCUCCUGAAAAACCAGGUAAACCGGGUAAACCACAUGUGAAAGGAAAAAUACAUGGAACUCAUUUUCGAGCUCGUUGGGAUCCACCCAUAGAUAAGGGGGGCGCCGAAAUAAUUCGAUAUUUUCUCGAAAUCACAUCUGGUGCUAAAUUUGAACGUAUUUAUAGUGGUACUGAUACAGAGAGCAUAUGUGAUCGGCUUCAACCAGGUACAACGUACCAGUUGCGUGCGUCUUGUGAAGGUCCUGCAGGCAUUAGCCCGUAUUCUGAUGUGGCCCACAUUACAUCAGAAGCUUUAGUACCUGCGGCACCUUCGCCACCUUAUUACGAUAGUCCGCCGGGUCCAUAUGCGGCGGUGUUAAGGUUGGAUAAACCAGAAAAUAGUGGUGGUGCCCCCAUUUUGGAAUUUGAAGUACAGAUGCGUCAUUCUGUAGAUGAUAAAUACGCUAUUGCGAAUAAAACAAAUGAUUAUUCAAUUGUUUACCAUGGACGGGAUACAUUUUGUGUGGUCAAAGACUUACAACCUGGUUGGCCUUAUGAGGUACAGGUUCGUGCAAUUAAUCGCAUUGGUGCUGGGCCUUGGUCAUCAUGGUUCCGUUUCUCGGCAGCUGCGGCACCACCGAACGUACCCGAAAAUCUAAAUGUUAUAAUCAAGUCGGCGACUCAUUUGCUAGUAAAUUGGGAAGAGCCUUGUAACAAUGGUGCACCUAUUCAGGAAUACCGUUUAGAGAGUUUAACUUUGGAAAAUGAAUCCGAAAAUGAAAAUUCAUCACACAAAUCAGUAUACUUACCCUGUUACCAUGGUGGGCAAACGAGCAUCGAUUUACGAAAUUUAUCACCUUUUACUAUAUAUUACUUUCGCGUGAAUGCCAGUAAUGCGGCUGGAGUGAGUAAGUGGUCGACAUGUAUACAAGCGCGUACACCAGCGGCAGUACCUGCUGCGCCACAAAUCAAAGACUGUGAAUUUACUGCAAAAAAAGUAGUAUUAAAUUGGUCGAAACCUGAAUGUAAUGGUGCUUAUAUCACUGGAUAUACCAUUGAAUGUGCAGAAAAAUCAAUUACCACUGCGGAUGCAAAUACCACAUAUACAAUUCAUGGUUUAAUACCCGAAACUACUUAUAAAAUUCGUUUGCAGGCUUUUAAUAGCAUCGGUUGCGGACCUUUUUCUUCUUACACAAAAUUUACAACAUUACCUUCACCCCCGCCGCCACCAACACUUGAGUGUACAGGAGUAGGUCAUAACUUUAUAAAAUUAAAAUGGGGUGACGGUAAAAACGUUGAUUUUAUCAAAUACUAUGUAGAAAUGUUUGUACAGCGUGCAAAAGAGUUCCAGAUAGUUUACUCGGGCACAAGUUGCAUGUGUAAGGUGAACAAGUUGCAGGAAAGUACCGCUUACACCUUCCGCGUAUAUGCAAGUACUGAUCGCGCCGGAAUCGGAGAAUUUUCAGACGAAUAUAUUUUCAGUACGACUCCUACUUUGCCGAGCAACAUUAAAGCUCCAAGGGUUGCCAUGGAAGGAGCAGCAGCCUGUUUAUUAACACACGGUGUCGGCAGUGCAAGUAGUUUCGUUCCAUCCGGGAUUCUUCCUGAAACACCUACAAGUUUUAUUGCCGGCCUAGGAAACCUUUCUUUAGGUGUACCACUUACUCUAGAAUGGCAAAAUUCCAAAAAUUCGUUCAGUGAUCCUGUAGAAUACGUAUUGCAGUAUGCAAUUGGUAAGGAUGGUGACUACAGACGGAUUUACAGGGGACCAGAAACCAAAUUUACAAUUGAAAAUCUUGAGCCGGGAACUAUGUACCAAUUUCGAGUGUAUCCUAUUCGUGUUACUAAAUCUGGUGAAGAUUUAGUUGGCCAAUAUACUUCUGCAUUUCGAUACCAAGUACCACAUCUUGCAGCAUUGGACGAUAUCGAUGGAAACUUAUUAGGAAAUAUGGGCAGCGUUUUUGGAACAAGCGCUAAAGGGAUAAAUAACAGCAACAACGUUUCCAUGAAUUGCCAUGGGCAUUCACACUUAGCUCAUCAUGUUCACAGCUUGCAUACACAUCACUCUCAUAGCCAUACGCACCACAACAGUAGACAAUCAACGUCCAGUCUUCAUCAUCGUUCAGUAAGUGCGUCUGCUGCAAGUCCAAAUGGUUUUAAUGGUCAUAACAACACCAAUAUUAGCGAUAGCAGUAACAAUAGUGGUAGCACUAUAUUAAUCGGUCCAAAUGCCAUUGGCUUAAUACCUUUGAGUACAUCAAUGGCAAAUGAAUUGACUACAGUGGAAUUUGCUGGUUGUGACGAUCCACUACAUCAUCAUCAUCAUCAUCAUCAAUUUCUUGGUGGAAAUGUUGGUGCAGGAUCUGAUUCCGUAGGAUCUACACCAACUACGACAUCGUUUCUGGCUGCUGCUUCAAAUAAUUUGCUAACAAAUAAUGCGUUAUUAGUACAUGGUAUCGGUUCAUCCAAUCAUACUCAACAUGGUGUAUUACGCCGAUAUAUUACCAAAUUAACUACGAUAUAUACGAACCGAAAACGUUUUACCGACCAGGAAAAGGCAGUUUUAUUUAUGGUUUGCUUUUUGUUUUUUACAUUCAUAUUUGCAACACUGGUUAAAGCACUAAUGCGAUAAAUUUUGACAGAAAAUUACUAUUGUGGAAGAAUAUGCAAGCCUUUUAUAAAAACGAAAGCAAUGCAUUUGCGAUUAAAAUGGUGAAUGUGUCGAUAAAUAAAAGCAACCAACACUUUUUCAAAAAAUUCAACUACCUAAAGCUCAUAUAUUCUAACCUAGGUGUGGAUGUUCAUAUAUAUAUACUAUACAUAGAAAUGUGGUGGAAGUUUAUAAUCUAAUUCUCAAUUGAUUCUACUUAAUCUGUUAAAUGCAAUCCAUUCAACAUUGGAAAUCAAAUUAUAGAAGCGAAAAUACAAUGAUUUCUUUAUAAUUCAAUUAAAAUAUUUAACACAAUUGGCAACUGUGAUAUGCAUAUAUUUUAGUUAAGUUUAUUUUUCAUAGAGAGUUUAAAUGUUUGAAUUGUCAACGCUUUUUCAAUUAAAACUUAAGCGUUACAUGAAUGAGAUUAAGACAAACUGCAGAAAACCAAUAAAUAUAGUGUUAACUUUAUUUGCUGGUCAAAAGUUUCAAAUGUUAAAACAUAUGUGUCAAAUUAAUAAGAAAAACAUUUCCUAAAAGUUUCAUCUUGCUCUAUCCGUAAUACCAGAAUGAUAAAAAACUUGUUGGUAUUAGGGGGAUUUCUCGUGUAAUACAUUUAUUUACGACUUAUCAUGAUUACCUAUCCUUUUAGCUUAUUUAUAUAAGCAUAAUGCUCAGAUAAAUUUGAAUUUAGUGUAUGUUUAAUGAAAUGCAUAAAUAAACUACAACACAUAUGUAGUUAUAUCUCCGUUUAUACUUAUUAAGUAUUUUAAAAGCCAGGCAGUUAUAAUUAUUAAAUGGAACGUUCGAAAAUGAUUAUCACUGUACCUUUUCAAUUAAUGUGUUAUUUGAAUUCUUUAUGUUCAGCGCAGAUUAAAUAUGUCUCUCUUAAAAUAUUAUAUUCAUAUAGUAUUAUUUCGAAUUUUUAAAUAUAUUUUUUAAUCUAAAUUCAUAUUGCUUAUGCUUAUAUUCUGCAUUUUUGAUCGACCGUCAUAUUAUUUUUAUUUAAAUAUCUUCAUACCAUGUAAUAACGUAAAUCUUGCUUGGUGAUAUAAAUAGAUAUACAUACAUAUGUAUGUCUUUAGGCUCUAAAUUCAAAGGAGGGCUCAAAUUUUUUUUAUUUACUUAGUUUUUUUUGUCUUUUAAAUAACUUGAUAUUUUAUUUAUUUAUUACGUUUACUUCCAGUUCUAAUGAUAAGUCCUGCAAGUAAAUUUAGAGUAAUCCAAUUUUUCUAAUAAAAUAACCAUUGUCGAUGUCAACAAUUUACAGAUUCAAGAAUUAUAAACUAUGUAAUACAUGGCACAUAUGAACGCUGAUAUCUUAAGUUUUUCUAACUCAAACUUUAAUUUUAGUAUUUUCCGACAUAAACUAAUUAUACAUUUUCUCUGACCAAUGAAAAAAGUACUAAAAUAUUGAACCUUUUACUUAGAAUUGAACGCCAUUUUUAUUGUAAGUUUUCACGUAGCUUAGUUUCAGGCUUGGACCAAAAUAAUCAGCAAUGAAUCGUAAAUAUUCGGCUCAUUAUUGUAAAUCAUCAUCUCUUUAAUCCUAUAGAAGUAUUUUUAGGGAUGUGCAUUCACUUUUUAUGAGGACUUUCAUUAUUCCAUAACUAUUUUACUGUUAAUACAAAUGAAAUUUAUAGUAUUUGUAGUAACAAUAAUGGAAAUUAAAAUUUAAUUACUGAUUGAAAAAGGAAAGGUAAUUUAGUAAAAAGUUUAUAUAAAUAUAUAUUUUUUUUAUCAAGUUUGGGGUAAUGAAUGAACACCUAAGAUUUGGAAACAUCCACUUGUUUACGAUAUAUGCUUGUAAUGUUCUAAAAGCAGAAUCUAUGAGAAGGUUUUUAAUACAGCUUUAAAUAAUUUCAAAUUAUAUAUUAUAUAAAUUUGGUUGCUUACAUAUGUAUAUAAAUUGGUUAUUUUUUUCUAUGAACUUUUUUCUAGUUUGAAAUUAGUUCCGAUUACCAGUUUUUUUUGUACUAAACAUAUUUUCGAAAUUACGAAUAUUUCGCAAAGUAUAUGUAACGUUUUUAGUUGACGGCUAACCACUCUACUGGUCAUACAUUCACCAAUAGAAAACGCUGAUUUCGGUUGGCUAAGCAUUGGAGACGGUCUAAAUUAUCAAUCAGUUUAGAAAAGGAAAAUUUUAACGGAUAUAUUGACCAUAAAACUUUAAUUUUGUAAUACCAUAUGUAUUUUCAAAAAAAGUCUUUGAAGGCGUCAUUAUUUUGUGCAUUUAAAAGUUCAGGUUGAGAAUUGGGGUAAUGAUUGCCUUAUUACGUAUAAAUUAUAAUUUUUUAUUCUUCGCUCCAUGGCUCUUUUAAAACAAUGACAACACAAUUUCUCAUUUACGUACGAGUAAAUACUUCGUUCUAAAUGAUGCGAACUAAUAUAAAUAUUCGUUUACUAUAAACGUAAUUACUUAUUUAAAGAUAGUUUAAAAAAUUUAGCAGAAACUAUUUCCUGCUUUACGUAUUAAAAAAAUCAUUUAUUGUUGUCAUUGUAUAUACACAGGUGACAUAUAAAUACCGGUAAAGUAUUUCGUAAUUAUUGACGAUUUAUACAUAAUUAUUGACAAGAUACUUAUUAUAACGUCCUAUAGAGAUCUAUUACAGAUUUAGAAACAAAUGAUAUAUGUACAUAUGUAUGUAUGUAUCAAUAUCGUAAAAAGUAAUUAUUUAAAAACAGAUUAUUAGACGCACUGUGGUCACCAAAUUAAAUUAAACAAUUUUCUUAAUUUUUUAUUUAUAUAGACGAGAAAAUUUAAUUAAAAAUACAUAUGACUUAUUACGUAUAUUGUAAUAAUUUAUAUACGCCUAUGUAUAUACUUAAACAAAUAUUGGUGUUUGUAUUUUUUAACUUGAAAUUCAGUAAAACUAAAAAAUACACAUUUAUUUUUUGCUUAUGGAAUAUUCACUUUUUCAUACCCAUUUCAUCUUCUAUAAGAGCUAUUGAAUAUGGUAUUGAUAAAUAUGAGUGAAAAAAAUAAAACAAUGUGCUUUAUUUAGUAAUGGUAUGAGGUGUACUAUAACAAAUAUUAAUCUUUACACUUAAUUAAUUGAUACACAAAAGUCGGAAUAUAAAGAAGGGGGAAGACGAAAAUUAUGUUAAAGUAUAUAAAAAAUUGAUUGUUUAUUAUCAUUACCAUUAUAGCAUAAAUAAUGCAGAGUAAAAAUAUUUAGACUCUACAUACGUAUAUAAAAUAUUGAAAAUAUAUAACUAAAUAUAUAUACAUAAUAAAAAUAUAUUAAUAAAAAAUAUAAA